AUGUAUAAAGGCAGCUGGCAGAGCCGGAGAAGAUACAGGAGGAGGGGUCACCAGCAGAACCCUGGGUUCAGACAGCAUGGCUCCAGUGAGAGGUAUAACACGGGGCUACUGCAAAGCCCAGAGGAUUCUGGCCCUGGUGAUGACGAGUCCCCAUCAACCUCUUCAAGCACAGCUGUAAGCUCUUCGGUGCCAGAUCUACCAGGGUAUUACUUUGACCCUGAAAAGAAACGCUACUUUCGCUUGCUUCCUGGGCAUAACAACUGCAACCCUCUCACGAAGGAGAGCAUCCAGCAGAAGGAAAUGGAGAGGAAGAGACUGCAGCUGGUGGAAGAGGACAAGCAGAGAAAGAAAGUAGCCAGAAGGGGAUUUAAUGCGUCAUCUUUGCUACAUAAAAGACAGCUGGGUUUUCUUAACAACACCAGUUAUUCCCGUCUAGCCCACGAGCUGCGAGUGAGCUGCAUGCAGAAGAGAAAGGUCUGCAUCCAGAGCUCGGAUCCUUCUGCUUUGGCAAGUGACCAAUUUAACCUCAUACUGGCGAAUACCAACAAGGACCAGGUCUUCACAGUCAUCGAUGUCAAAGGUGGUGGCUCCAAGUACAGCAUCAUCAACCUCAGCCAUCUGCGGAUCCCGUCACCCACUGUGAGAAUGUAUGAAAACCUAUACUUCACCAACCGGAAGGUGAAUUCUGUGUGCUGGGCCUCACUGAAUCACUUGGAUUCCCAUAUUCUGCUGUGCCGCAUGGGAAUCGCAAACACUCCAGGCUGCGCCACUCUGCUCCCAGCUACACUGUUCGCCCAUAGUCACCCAGGUACAAGGCCCUUUUCCUUUGAAGACCAGCCUGGCGUGCUCUGCAGUUUCCGGAUUCCCACUGCCUGGUCCUGUGCGUGGUCCCUGAAUAUCCAAGCAAGUAACUGCUUUAGCACAGGCUUGUCUCGGCAGGUCCUGCUGACCAACGUGGUGACAGGACACCGGCAGUUAUUCAGGACCAGCAGCGAUGUCCUGGCCCAGCAGUUUGCUGUCUUGGCCCCUUUGCUAUUUAAUGGCUGUCGUUCCGGGGAGAUCUUUGCCAUUGAUCUGCGUUCUCAAAGUCGAGGCAAGGGUUGGGAGACCAUGCAUCUGUCCCAUGAUUCAGCGGUGACCUCUGUGCAGAUCCUCCAACAUGAGAGAUGCCUGAUGGCAUCUGACAUGUCUGGAAAGAUCAAGCUAUGGGACCUGAGGACCACUAAAUGUUUAAGGCAGUUUGAAGGUCAUGUGAAUGAGUACGCCUACCUGCCCCUGCAUGUGCACGAGGAAGAAGGACUCGUGAUGGCAGUGGGCCAAGACUGCUACACGAGAAUCUGGAGCCUCCAUGAUGCCCACCUGCUCAGAACCAUACCCUCCCCCUACCCGGCCUCCAAGGAGGACAUCCCCAGCGUGGCCUUCUCUUCUCGGCUCGGGGGCUUCCAGGGAGGGUCAGGGCUGCUCAUGGCUGUCAGGCAGGACCUCUAUUAUUUCUCCUACAACUGA